GAUGCUUGUUGUAUUGCUUGGUCGUCGCGCGUGCAUUUACAAAUUAAUGCUAGCAGAUAAGAAUUGGAUUUUGGAUUAGUGUUUCAAGUAGGGUUUCAACAUUUCAAAAUGCAGUAAUUCUAGAAUGGAUCAUCGCCAACGGUCAGUUCAGUUUGCAAUCUCAACCUCAACCAUGACUGUCUCGGCUCAAUCGCUGCUUCUACUUUUUGUAGUAUCUUCGUUCAACAUUGUCCGUGCCCUGGAUUGCACCACGUGCCAAAGUGAAGUCAGCUGGGAAGAUUGCCAGCAAACGGCAACUGUUGUGUCCUGCAGUACUGAGGAGGUCAACGAUUUCCACGGUGUAGCCUCGAUCGGGAAUCCCACGUUGACCCAGGGCAGUCCGGAAGACGGAUUUCAGUGCUUUGUGUUGCACGUGCGCUCGAAGGAUUCCGGGCCGGCCACCAGUCCGGAUAGGUUCUCCAAGGGGUGUACGUUCGCCCAGACCGAGUUCUGUCAGGGUUGGAGCAGUACGCUGGAGGUGGUCAAGUGUGGAACCGACGAGGCAGGAGAUGUUUCGUUCGGUGGAGUUGGGAGGUUGGGUGCGAUGGGGCUAGUGGGAAUGGUAACUGUUGGACUGUUUCUGAGAAUGAUUUGAAAGUUUGAAAUAAAAUUGAUUGAACAGUGAUAAAAGGGUUG